AGUAAAGAUACCGAAAAACUCUCAGCCAAUCAGCUGCGUCGUUAUGAAAAGAGUGAAUUGGACCAAUCAGCAUCCGCGUUGUUAGUGAGUAGAAACGUUCCAAGAUGGUGCUCGAAAGCACUAUGGUCUGUGUAGACAACAGUGAGUACAUGAGAAAUGGUGACUUCCUGCCCACGCGACUACAGGCACAGCAGGACGCUGUCAAUAUCGUUUGUCACUCAAAGACACGCAGCAAUCCGGAAAACAAUGUCGGGCUCAUCACUAUGGCCAAUAACUGCGAGGUCCUGACUACUCUAACGCCAGACACCGGGCGCAUCCUCUCCAAACUGCACGCCGUUCAACCCCGCGGCAAGAUAAGCUUUUGUACUGGCAUCAGAGUAGCCCAUUUGGCACUGAAGCACAGACAGGGAAAGAACCAUAAGAUGAGGAUCAUCGCUUUCGUGGGCAGCCCAGUGGAGGACAAUGAGAAAGAUCUGGUGAAACUGGCUAAGCGUCUGAAGAAAGAGAAGGUCAAUGUGGAUGUAAUCAAUUUUGGAGAGGAGGAGGUGAACACUGAAAAGUUGACCGCGUUUGUAAACACCCUGAAUGGAAAGGAAGGAACGGGUUCUCACCUGGUUACUGUGCCUCCCGGCCCAAGCUUGGCAGAUGCUUUGCUUUCUUCUCCUAUCCUGGCAGGCGAGGGUGGCACCAUGAUGGGUCUGGGAGCCAGUGACUUUGAGUUUGGGGUGGAUCCCAGCGCUGACCCUGAGCUCGCUCUGGCUCUGCGUGUGUCCAUGGAGGAGCAGAGGCAGCGGCAGGAGGAGGAGGCUCGGAGAGCGGCUGCCCAAUCAGCUGCCGAAGCAGGAAUCACCACUCCAACUGCUGAUGAAUCAGAGGAGGCUCUCCUGAAGAUGUCGGUUUCUCAGCCCGAGUCUGGUGUGACAUCACUGCCGGACUUCAGCAGCAUGACUGAGGAGGAGCAGGUUGCCUACGCCAUGCAGAUGUCCCUGGCUGGAGGGGAAUUUGUAGAAUCGAAGGACACAGAAGCUCCAAUGGACACUGCCGAAUCAGCAAAGGAGGAAGAUGACUAUGAUGUAAUGCAGGACCCAGAAUUCCUCCAAAGCGUACUAGAGAACUUGCCGGGUGUGGAUCCCAACAAUGAGGCCAUUCGCAAUGCCAUGGGCUCCUUAGCUUCUCAGAGUGGAAGCAAGCCAGAUGGCAAAAAGGAGGAGGAGGAGGAGAAGAAGAAAUGAUCAUAACCGGAUCGACAAUUCCUUUGAAUAAGAUUGGGGAAACAAAAAAAAGUGAGACAGAUGCAUAUAUAUACAUCCGAGAUUCUGUAGUCCAAUGUGUAUGAAUGAAUGAAUGGUGGGUAAUGACACAUUUUGCAGCAUUGGAUGCGUACUAAUUUGCUGAGAUACUCCUGGGCAAAGCCAGUACCUCAAUUUCACACCGCUUGCAUAUUAUGUUUCUCUUGUGGUUGCUUGCCUCUCAUGUCCAUACCUAUUUCUUUUUCUCUUUCCAUUAAAACAAGUUUGUUUAAGAAUCCUUCAAA